AUAAAAAGGGAGCGCAAAAAUAUUUUCUCAAAGGGAAGCGGUAAAGAAAAACUCGCGCGCAUAUCCAAGUAGUAAACCUUUGCCAGUCGGUUCAGCUGAUUUGGGGAAGGCAAAAUAGCGUAUUUUGUCGCUCAUUCGUUGCUAAUUUGUUGCCAAUUUGUUGCCAAUUUGUUGCCAAUUUGUCGCCAAUUUGUCGCCAAUUUGCCGCCCAUUUGAGGCGUAAUUUUCCCGCUUAUUAGUACAUGCCAACCGGCGCAGCUAGCGAAGGAGUGUUUUUCCUUUCCCAGCGGAGGGAAAGAAACCAAAUGAAUCCGCGUGUCCUCCGGGACAGCACUCGACUCACCGCUCCAUUUCCGCGUCAGGGGAGAAGCCACGCGUAGGAAUGAAAAUAAAGGAAAGCUUGCAGAUCCCAAGCUGGGGAAGCAACUCUUGAGGGAAGUCAAACGUACGGUAGUGCUUACCAAACUUUACGCGAAGCAGGCCAAAAAUGACUAAGGGGGAUUCCAAGAGAAAGAGAAAGGGAAGUGAUAGUAGCAGGGAAGGCCACAGCAGUGUAAAGGGGGCAAAGCAGCGGAGAGGAAGAUCCCCAUUUCCCUCUAGUGAUGAUGAUAGAAGCAAAGGAGAAAGGACAAAAAGGAAAGCCGUAAAGAGUAGGUCUUCCUCCGAUGAAUCGGAAGAAGGGGAGAGGAAAAUUGCCACAUCACUUAACAAAACUAAACGAGACAAAAGAAGGAGGAUAACUCAAAAAAAAAAAUCACCACACCGUUUGGAGGAGCAUUACACUAGUAGCAGCGAUGCAUCCUCCCCAAGGAGAGGGAACUCCAGCUCGGUAGGAAGAAAGAGAGGGAGGAAGAAGGCAAAAGUGGGCCACUUCAGGAGUGGGGAUGAAUACAGUAGCGUUGAUUCAGAGGAUAAUUCGUCUCAAGGGGGAAGCCCCAGCACCCCCGAUUCGAGCGCUGACAAUGCGUCCGUCAGUGGUGCAAGCGGCAGUAGUGGAAGAAAUCAGGGUAAGCGAAGGGGCAAGUUUGUGAGAGAAAAAAGGGGAGGGAACCGCCACAAAAGGGUAGAAGUGGGAGAAGCGGAAGAAGUAGACGAAGCAGGCGAAGCGGAAGAGGGCGACUCACAAGCCAGAGGUGGCCGCAAAACCCGCCGCGACGUCAGAGAAAGGAUGACGGAGACGAAGAAGGAAAAACGUAAGGGGAGAAAUAAAUCGAGCAGCGCUCCGUCAGAGGAUUCCGAUGAAUGUGCUCCCCAUGCGAAGGGAAGGAGGCAGUCAAGGGAAGACGAGAGAGGAGGAAAAAGGGGCACACGCGCAAAGGAUAAACAGAAAUCAACUGAUGAGGGGCACCAGAGGAAGGAACUUGAGAAAGGAAAAGCGAAAAACGGGAAUAGCAAAAGGAAGCGACACCGUAGCGGCAGCAGUAGCCACCACAGCCGUAGCAGUGCCAGCGGAAGGUCGGAGGCGAAAAAACGAAUUCGCCCGAAUGAGGGGCGAAGCGAUAAGAGAGAAAAUAGGAGAAGCGCGUCCGCCAGCUCGGGGGACACUGUCAUGGGGCGAAAAAUGACCAAACGUGGCGAAACUAAUGACUCAGGGAGGGAUAGGAAGAAGGAUAGGGAGGACCACGUGCCGCAUGCAAAAAAGGAAAGACAUGAUGAUAAGGAGCCCAAGAGGGGGAAAAGAAGAAGGGGUGAACGGUCGGAAUCGUCCAGCUUGGGAAGCGAACGAGGAGGAAGCGGGCAGGAUUCGUCGCCCCGCCGCAAAAAAGGCGGUUCCUCAGCUCGUUCAGAUGAAUCGCGGGGGAGCCGUCACUCCGGGGAAGGGACCAGCAGCAGUGGUAGCAGUGGUAGCAGUGGUAGCAGCGGCAGCAGCGGUAGCGGUGGAAAGCGUAGCGAGGAAGACUCGGUGAGCUGCUCGGUGAGUAGCGCGGAGAGCAGCUCGGCGAGCGGCCCUGGUGAGGGGAGGAAGCGGAAAAGGGGGCCCAAAGCGGGUGAGGGGAAGGCCCGCCCGGAGGAGGGAGCGCGCGGCAAACACGACCAGAAGCAUUCGUUCAAGCCGCUCAAUUCGCUCGACCCGCUCGACCCGCUCAACCCGCUCGAUCCGCUCGAUCCGCUCGAUCCGCUCAACCCGCUCGCGGAGGAGGAGCAGGGCGACCUCGAAAUCAAUGAGGAGCUAAUCGAAUACGCGAAGCAGAAAAUCGCGAACGUGACGACGGAGGACAUAGGAAGGGCGGGGGGAGUGUACAUCCCGCCCUUCAAGUUGGAGAGGCUGAAGAAGGAGGUGACGAACAAGAAGAGCGCCCUCUUCCAGAAGCAAGAAUGGCUCAAAUUAAAAAAAAAAAUUAACAACAUAGUGAAUAAGGUAAACGUAGACAAUAUAGGAGACGUGUGUUACGAACUUUUCGAGUGCAAUUUGAUCCGAGGGAAGGGCAUAUUCAGUCGAGCACUGAUCCAUGCGCAGCUAAGUUCCCCAGCAUUUACCCACGUCUUUGCAGCUCUGUUGAGCAUCGUCAAUUCCAAGUUCCCAACCAUAGGGUUACUCACCAUACAGAGGAUCAUUCUACAUUUUAGGAGGUCCUACAAGAGAAACGAUAAAAUUGUGUGCCUCAAUAGUGUAAAAUUUAUUGCCCAUAUGAUUAACCAGAGAGUCAUUCAUGAAGUCGUGGGUCUACAGCUUUGCUCCAUUCUUUUGCAAAACAUAACGAAUGACUCCGUGCAGGUGUGUACCUUCUUCUUGGCAGAAGUUGGGCAGCUAUACAUGAACAUAUGUAGAAAAGGAAUUGACAUAAUUUUCGACCGACUGAAGGAUAUUUUACAAGAGGGGAAGAUUAACAUAAAGACGCAGUAUGAUAUUGAAAAGCUGUGGACCUAUAGGAAGAAUUAUUUUGCAGACUUUCCUACCGUGCUGGAGGAUCUAGAUCUUAUUGAUGAAGAGGAGAAGAUCGUGCACGAAAUUGACCUCCUGGAUGAGACGUUUGAGAACCAGGAGGAGCUGAACAUCUUUAGGGAAGUGCCCCACGAGCAGUACGAGGAGGAGAACGCCGAGUGGGACAGCAUCGCCAAUGAGUUGCUGCACGGGGAUGCCUCCGGCGGGGGGGGGCGCCGCGGGAGAGGGAGGAGCGAGGAAAGCGGUGGAAGUGACGGAAGUGACGAACGCGACGGAAGCGACCAAAGCGACCAAAGCGACCAAAGCGACCAAAGCGACCAAAGCAGCACCGACUCGGAGAACGACCCACGCGGGGGAAGCGGCGGAAGCGGCGGCGAUGACGACCCCGAUGAGGCAGACGACCCGGCAAAGGACGAAAUAACAGAUAUGACCGAGCAGUACCUCAUCAAUUUGAGGAAAAACGUCUACCUUUCGAUCAUGUCCUCCCUUAGCUUCGAAGAAUGCGUCCACAAGCUACUCAAACUGAACAUAAAAAAAGGGUACGAAAUAGAAAUAUGCAACAUGCUGAUCGACUGCUGCUGCAUGGAAAAGACUUUCCAAAAGUUCUAUGCCCUCCAGGCAGAAAGGUUAUGUAAACUCAAAAGUAUUUAUCAAGAAAAUUUCCAAAAAUGCUUCCAAAAUUCGUAUAGUACUGCCCACAGGCUGGAGACAGCCAAAUUGAGGAACUGCGCCAAGUUAUUUGCCCAUUUGCUCUACACCGAUGCUGUGUCUUGGAGCAUUUUCCUUAACAUAAAACUGUCCGAGGAAGACACUACGUCGUCCACCAGAAUUUUCCUCAAAAUUUUAUUGCAGGAGUUGACCAACAAUUUGGGCAUGCAGGCAUUUUACCAUAAAAUUAACCAUCCCGCCAUUUCGCCCUUCAUGGCCGGCUUAUUCCCCACGGACAACGCUCAGGACAUGCGCUUCUGCGUGAACUUCUUCACGGCCAUCGGCUUGGGCGCCCUCACCGCCCCCAUGCGCAAGCUGCUCCAGGGGUGA